GACGCAUCCUGUGCCAAAAAGUUGCAGUGUAGAAUCCUCAUUUUUAAUGGCUGUGAAAACUAUGGCAUCUCCAAGUUUGGAUAAACUUGGUUCAUCUUUAAAGGACAGUCCUGUGUGUGGUGCAGCAACAUUUCAACUUGACAAUUCUUUGAAUCUUAGCAAGUCUUUUCCUCGUGUCAGCAAGCCUUCAUAUCGCAGGGCUCCAGAGUUCUGUUUGGGUCACAGUACUCUUACAGGAAACGGCUUGAAUUCAUACUGCUUCAGUUCAGGAGCAACUUGGAACCUUCACUUAUCUGACCUACGCAGCUCUUCACCUGUUUCUGAUUUUUGUAAUGCUUCCACAAAUUCUCUCCUUAAACACCUAUCUUGGGGCAUCCCCAUUCAAACAUCAUUGCCUUCAAAUCGUAAUCCCAAUCAGGCAAUUCUCACUGUUGACACCAAGACUACAGAGAUUCUUGUAGCAAAUGACAGAGCUUGCGAGCUGUUUGGCUACAGAAGCCAGGAUUUUAUUGGACAGAAGCUGUCUCUCAUUCUGCAAAAUACAGAUCUGAGUCUUGAAGAGGCUAUUAGUGAACACUUCUUGGAUAACAAUGGAAAGCUUGUGAUGGUUUCAGGAAAAGUGGUUGAUGCAGUUACUUCUGCUGGUGUUGAUAUUCCUGUAUCUGUGUGGGUACACAAACUGACCAAUGAAGGAAAGAGGUGUGUGGUAGUUAUGGAGCCUGUGGAGAGAGUUUCAGCCUCUGUCUCGUUCAAGGAAAAUGGUAGAAUCCUAUCUUGUGAUGAUACCUUUGCACACCUUCAUGGCUAUGUAAGCCCAGAGGAGUUAACUGGCGUGUUUGUCACAGACUUGAUUCCUUCCCUUCAGAUUCCUCCUCCAUGCCUAAAAGUGCCAAAGUCCUUACGAAUCCAAAGAGCUACUGGCAGAUCACGAGAUGGUACCACAUUCCCUCUCAGCAUCAAGCUUAACAUUGCUUCUGAGUAUGAGGAAACCAAAGAUUUUUCUAGCAUUCUUGAGCCUGAAAAAGUAAACCAUAAAGUACCUUGUUUGUUAGAAGACCCAGAACCUAUUGAAAAAAAAUACCUCUGUAGCAGCCCGAAAACUGUUCUGAUAGACUCUGCCAUAGAUGAACACGAAGGAGAUAAAUGGACUCAAACACAGUCUUGUCCAGAGGUGAUUUAUUGUGGGACAGUAUGGGUGUUUAGCACAAUUAGUGGGCUUGUAAUUCUCCUGCCAGAUGGUACCAUACAGAGUAUCAACAAUAACUUCUCACUGAUGCUUUUUGGAUAUGAAACAACAGAACUUCAAGGAAAGAAUAUCACCUUUCUGAUUCCUGGUUUUUAUGAAAGCAUGUGUGAUAUGGAAGACAGUUCCUUUGCUGAGCCCCCAGUUGAAGAUAACCCUGGUGAGCAGUCUGGCUUGUGCCAAAAAAUAGAAGCAAACAAAGGCCUGCAUUGUGGCCUCUCUGACCUGAUGAAUAAAGUAGCAGAUCCAAACCCACUCAUUGCAGGUGAUAUGGCAUUAGUUCACGAAGAAAAUAAGACCGUAAAAAUAUGGAGAGAAGUGGAAACAUUUCCAAGAACCAGCAGUUUAGAGAAUUCUUCAUCAACAUUAUCCUAUGCUGAAACUGCUAAUCCAUUUACUGGAAAAGACAGCAAUACAGAACUGGUGCAAGUUACUAAUCCUCCUCAUGAGGAAGACAUGGAGAAAAUGUUGAUUCCAGAACUCCUGCAGACCAUUUCUCUGCUGAAAUCACAAGUAUCCAAUGCUUCAACUGAUGUUCUAUCCACUGUUGACAAAAACAAACCUGAUGGGGAAUACUGUCUUGACAGUUGCUUUACAAAGAAACAAACUCUUGAUCACUUCAGUACUCCUUUAGCAUUACCUAUUGAGCAUAAACAUGAAAAUGAAAAACCUAAUUUAGAACAUCAGAUGGAAAACUCCAGUUUUGAAGUUCUUUCUGUAGAAGGUAGUGAUGUUGAAAAGCAUAGUAUAAUUUUAAAUGAUUGUAGCAGUUUUCUUCAUGUGAAAAAUGAUUCCUUUACCAGUCAAGUUCUUCAGUCUUUGCAGAAUCUUGACUUAAAUAGCAGUUUGGAACUUGAUGCAGAGGAAGUAUCUGGAACAUCAUGUAACACAUCAGAGUUGCUUAGGACACCUUCUCCUUGUGUAUUAGACUCUGACUUGGAAAUGGAUAUUGUUGAAGGAAAGAUAAUUGCUUCAUAUUUAAGUGACCUUGAGAAAGCCAGUGCUGUUAAAAAGAUACAUAAUGAAUUAUGUGCGCAGUCUCCUAAAGAAAUAAUUCCUGAGGUUUUAAACUUGGAAGAGCAAAAUAAUAGUGUUGACUGUGGUAAAGUUCAGUGUGCUGAUUCAUCUUUAAAUAGUAGUCUUACAACAUCCACUCCAAGAAAGCAACCACAAUUAAAGGCAUGGGCACCUUCUACGGAGUUUGAGAUACAGCAAGGGCGAUAUAAAGGAAACUGUUACCACAGAGAUGGAUCAAGACUUGGUAUACAAUUUGAAAUCAACAAAGUACAGUAUCCUGAUAGACAAACUCUGUUUUGUCUGUGGCUGGAGAGAAACCAUAUUCAAAUCCAGAGAGAAGCUGUAAUGAGAAUGAAGUUUCUUCUGUCCAGCCUUAACAGCAACUCUGAUUCUCUACCUGAUAUGUCAGCUGUUAGUCUAGGAGAGGUGAUCAAAGAGACAGCUAGAGGUGAAGGGCUCCGAUGCGCCCAAGACCUGGAAGAAUCUAGGGCAUGUGAAGGAAACUUCGAAGCAGAGUAUAUUACAAUCAGCUCUUUAGGCAAGGGUGCUUUUGGUUUUGUUUGGAAAGCACAGCGAAGAUCAGACUUGGAGGAGGUUGUUGUAAAGUUUAUAAGAAAAGAAAAAAUUCUUGAUGAUUGCUGGGUAGAAGAUUCUUGCUUGGGACGAGUCAGUCAGGAGAUUGCAAUAUUAUCUAGACUUCAACACCCAAACAUCAUUAAGGUUCUUGAUGUUUUUGAAAAUGAUAUUUUUUUCCAAAUGGUGAUGGAAAAACAUGGUGAUGGACUUGAUCUAUUUGAAUUUAUAGAGAAACAGCCCCUUUUAGAUGAACCUCUUGCCAGUUAUAUCUUUAGGCAGCUCGUGGCUGCAAUAGAAUAUUUACAUAGUAAGAGAAUCUUGCACAGGGAUAUCAAAGAUGAAAACAUCAUCAUCAACAAUGAAUUUCAUAUAAAAUUAAUAGACUUUGGAUCUGCUACAUUUCUGGAACCAGGGAAAUUAUUCUAUACCUUUUGUGGAACUCUUGAAUAUUGUUCACCAGAAGUGCUCAUGGGAAAUCCGUAUGAGGGGCCAGAACUUGAAAUGUGGUCCCUUGGUGUUGCUCUGUUUACUCUUGUAUUUGGAGAGAAUCCUUUCUGUGAACUGGAAGAAACACUUGCAGCAGAGAUUAAACUACCCUUUGAGGUUUCCACAGAAUUACAUACAUUGUUAUGUUGCUUACUACACCCUGAUCCUCAACAAAGAUUGAAACUAGAACAGCUAAUAGGAGCUCCCUGGUUGUCACAGCCUCUGAAUCUGGCUAGUUACUCAUGGGAAGAGGUGUGUCCCCCUAAUUAUGAUUCUUCAUCUAAAUGUGCCUCUGCUCUUCCAAAUGUUCAGAGCAGAAGUGUCAUUGUAAAUGAUGAUAAAAGUGCCUUAAAUGCAGUGACUGUCAUGAAUUCCAGUGAUGUUCCUGGUAAAGAUGCUGACCCUGAAGAGGAUGAUGAAAUAGCAUCAUUAAGUGCAUUGGAGAAGGAAUUAAUUAAAUGUCUAGUAAAUCAAGACUAAAUAGCUGAAUGUACAGUUCACAUAAAUCAUUGUCAGGUCUCGGUUCAUUUUGUCAUGUUGUUGAACAUUUACUGAAAUGUUGGGCUUUAUCCAAGUUUAAGUUGAUAUCCUCAUGUUUCUUCUUGUUCUGUGUAAAAUAUAUUCAUGUUCUGUUAAAUGCUCAUGUUUUGUUAAA